AUGGGUACAUACAAGUUUUUGAUUGUGUUAGUUCUCUCUCUCAUUGUCUUCUUCAAUCCUUGCAUUGGGCUUAAUGAAGUAGUUACCAACAUUUGCCAGAAAACAAGAGACCCUCAAUUUUGCUUGGAUACAUUUAAAUCAGAUCCACGCAGUAAUGCAGUUCGUGACGCCCAUGAUCUUGCUAUGCUAGCUCUUUCCAUUACCGAUCUUAAGAUUCAAGACAAUAUGAAUACUUUUCCAGAGAUUCGUAAAAAAAUAAAAGAUCAAGUUAGUCUGCAUAGGCUAAAUGUUUGCCAAUAUGAUUAUCGUCGUGCAUUCAAAGGGUUUAGAGAGGCUUACUUCCAAGCUGAGAAAAGUGCUUACUGGGAUGCCAUGAACACUGUUGCUAAUGCAACAAAUUAUGUUAUUGAAUGUCAAAAUGUUUAUCGUAUUGGCAAACCAAUUGCUGAAUCACCCUUUGCUGCUACUAAUCUUGAAGUGGUUACUUUAUCAGGACUGAUUUACAGCAUUAUUUCCAUGGCUGCUGCAUAG